AAGUAGACAAAAUGACCCCAACAAUACAGUUACUCAAAUGGACUACUCUUUGACUACCCCUACCCCAACCGCUCUCACAACACAAUUACAACAAACAGUCGAUUUACAAUCUUCCGAUCUCCCAGGGCUUUCUGGACCUGAAAACACACUUACAACCGAGCCCAACCCAUUAACGGCUAACAACCUAGCCCUUUUACCCGACUCUACUGCCAACUCCCACCAAGACUUACCUAUGGACACUCACUCAAAUACUACAAUCGAAUUCUUACCAAAAAGAUCCUAUGCUACUGCACUUUUGGAUCAUCCCCCUCUACCAUCCACACUCGAUGAAAUCAGAGCUAUAAUUAAUUAUAUAUCUACACCCGAACCAAUUGUUCUACUAGCUACUUCUCAACAAGAAGUUGAAAAUGCUAUUGCAUUCUUACAUACUCACUUUACCUUCAGAUGGGUUCUCCCACAUCGUCGAUAUCCCUGA